CGCGGAAGAGGAAGCGAAAGCGUUCACCGUCACCGUAAACAUGACAGAAGCGAAAGCUGGGAAGUAAGUGGACGGUUUAAGAUCUCCGGUUUAGAGUUAGAUUAGCGCGCAGAAACUCGUCGGUUUGUGGCGGAGCUGCGACUCGAGAUGAUGGUGAAGCUCUUCUUUCUCCUGCUGAUGUGGGUUUGUUCUCAGGUCAGAGGUCAGGAGGGAAUCCUGCACGUGUCUAAUGGGUCUACAUUCAGAGAAUACUGUCUGCUGUACAACUCCACCUGGAGCAACAUCUCAGACAGCCUCAGCAGAGCUGAGUCCUAUCCUGUGCAGGUCCUGCUCUCCUCUCAGCUGUGUGUGAGGGGUCAGCAGGGGUCACUGCGGGGUCAGGCGGUGGUGGUGGAGCGGGGGGGCUGUGAGGUCAGUCAGAAGGGUCUGGUGGCUCAGGAUCUGGACGCUUCGGUUCUUCUGGUGUCGAGCGUCAGCGACCUGGAGUCUCCGUCGGAGAACGGCUCUGAGUUCAGGAGGCUGAAGAUCCCCGUGGCUCUGGUCAGACACCGCGAGGUUCUGGACGCUCUGCAGGUGUUUCCUCGAGGGAUGGAGGUGAGGUUAUACGCUCCUCCGGUUCCUCUGUUUGACGCCAGCAUCGUCGUCAUGUUCCUGAUCGCCGUGGUUACCGUCACCACGGGCGGCUUCUGGAGCGGAGCGGCCGAGAGGCUGAAGCAGGCCGCGGGGCCGGUGUGUGACUCGUCUGAUGGCCGGUCUGACGGCGGGGAAGUCUCUCUCUACUCUCCUCUGAAGGUUUUCUUGUUCGUGGUCAUGAUGUGUGUGAUGCUGGUGCUCAUGUACUUCUUCUACCGCUGGCUGGUUUAUGUGAUUAUCGUCAUAUUCUGCCUGGCUUCAGCCUCAGCGCUCUAUAACUGUCUGGAUUCACUGAUGACCGCACUGAGCUGCAGCACACUCAGCGUCUCCUGCAGAGAGAGAAGCGUUUCUGUGCGCUCCCUGCUGCUCGCCGCCGUCUGCAUCACGCUGUCUGUCAUCUGGGGAGUGUACCGCAACGACGACAGGUGGAUCUGGAUUCUUCAGGAUCUGCUGGGAAUCGCAUUCUGUCUGAACUUCCUGAAAACCAUCAGCCUGUCUAACUUUAAGAUCUGUGUGAUUCUUCUCAGUCUGCUGCUGCUCUACGACGUCUUCUUCGUCUUCAUCACACCGUUCCUGACUCCGAAUGGAGAGAGCAUCAUGGUGCAGGUGGCUCUGGGCCCCGGGGCCGGAGGGAAGGGUGAAGGCAGAGUAGUGAGGGUUCCUGGAGACAACUCAACCUCCUACGAGAGACUGCCGGUAGUGAUGCGUAUCCCACAGUUCUCGGCGCUGGCUCAGAAUCUGUGUAUGAUGCAGUUCUCUAUUCUGGGAUACGGUGACAUCAUCAUACCAGGUCUGCUGGUGGCGUACUGUCACAGGUUUGACGUCUGGAUCGGCAGCUCCAGGAGAAUCUACUUCCUGUCCUGCUCCGUCGCGUACGCCGUGGGUCUGCUGCUGACCUUCACCGUGAUGCUGCUGUCCAGGAUGGGUCAGCCGGCUCUUCUGUACCUGGUUCCCUGCACGCUCCUGACCAGUGCCGGUCUCGCCUGCGUCCGCAAAGAGUUCAAACGCUUCUGGAGCGGCUCCGGAACAUACCAGGUCCUGGAGGAGUCUAGGAAGCCCUUGUUAUCAGAUGGAGACGCUGGACGCGGCGGAGGAGUGAGGAGCUGCUGAUGAUGAAGAGGAGGGCCACGCUUCACUCUGAUCUGACAGGAAACGUGUGUGUUUCUCAUCAUCAUCAUCAUCAUCAUCAUCACUGUGGCACUUUACUAAAACGUCAGACUGUCUGAAAAUGAUUCUUUAAGGGGCCUUAAAUAACCAGAUCAACCUGCUGUGUUUUGUCUUUCACUUUUUUUUAUGUGAUUAUUUUAUAACGUCGGGAAUAUUUGACAAAAACCCCUCACACUCUGUCUGUAAUCAAAAUAAAAUCUGAAAACUAA